UCGAGCACCUUCAGUCAAUUACACGGAAAGCUGAAAGAAACAAAAUGCAAGCAAAUAUCAGUCUCUUGGUGCUGUUGGGAUUAAUCUGUUCGACAAUCGCUGCGUCGACUUCAUUCCAGACUAUAAAUGUGUUUGGAGAAGGCGGAAACCCUUUUGCUCGUAAUGCUGGAAACAAUAUGGACUGGUCUGAUAGUGCUCACAACUCCGACACCGAUAGAUUAUUGAGAGAGCUGGAAAAAUUGGAUUCUAAUAGUGAUAAUAACAAUAAUUUUGGAAAUAUAGACACACGUAAUUUUGGAUUCGAUACUGACAAGAGUCGAGAAGAUUCGGAGGAAAGGAGAAGAGGAUUUCAAUUCAUACAGAUUGGUUAAUUGACUUUUAUACACCAUCUAUCUUUGAGAACGCUGUAAAUACUACAUUUAAAUGUUUUGUGUAAAAAUUUUACUUUUGCAUUUCAUAAUUUGUACCCAGGAAAUUGAAAUCGAGAAGAUUAUGCUAAUAAGUUGAAUAAUAAAAGAAUAAAAUGUAAAUAAAAACAAA